GUACUGACUGGCUCCAGUGUGGUUCGCCAGGUUAUGCGCCAGACGGAAAGCCAUCGGACGCGCAUCGCCUUCUUUGCCGGCCUUCAGCUGAACAUUGAUACCAUGCCGCCAGAACAGAAGGUAGUCAUGAACAACACCAUCACCAACGUUGGCAACGCCUAUGACGCCGAGAGAGGGGAAUUCUGCGCCACGGUGGACGGUGUCUACGCCCUCAUCGUCGCAAUAUCGGCUCAGGGUCAAAAACAGGCUGCUGUUCGGUUGAUGCACAACGACAAGCACAUAUUUGACGUCUGGUGUGAAAGCUCACCUUGGUCGACAGCAACCAACCAGGCACUGCUACUCAUGAGGCGAGGCGACUGCGCAUGGCUACAACUGCGAGAUUCCGCAAUCUACCUACACGGCUACAUGUACUCAACCUUUGCUGGAUACCUGCUCUUUGAACAUCCCCUGGUUUAG